AUGUGCCUUGUAGAAAUGUGGCUCCUGAAACGUGGCGAGAAUACGUCCAGUCUACCUGUGAUGGAGGAUUCUUCGUCGGAUCGAGAUGUCGAGACGGAAUUAGGCGUCCGUCACUGGCUGCUUAUUCUCAUGCAUGUAGUAUCCUUGGUCGUUGGAACAACCUUCCUCAAUGCCCGUCUACCGGAAGCCCAACCUGCAAGCACAGGUGAGUCUCAGAGAAAUCGUGUGGGCUGA